CGGAGAGGCGCGAGCGGGCAUCGAUCGUGCGGGGCGGCGCUCAGUCCGCCGGGGCGGCCGGCGAGAGCGCGCGUGUCAUGCGCUGCCGCUGAGAUGACCGGCGCUCGGGCGCUCGUGGCCGCCUGCUACUGCUGGUGGUGGCUGAUGAUCGCAGCCGCCACCGAGCUAGACCUGCUGGGCGCGCUGUCCCUGCACAACACGUCGCGUGCCGGCGUGAGCGUUGCGCCGGGCAUGCAGCCACAGCGGACCGCCUACACCCUACAAGGGGAGUCGAGGUCACUGCAGGUGGAGGGAAGCGCUUUCGAGCGUGCCGCAGAGUUGCUCAGACGUUCACCGGAGUUCACAGUAUUGGCUGCUUUGCGGCAAGAACCCGCCAACUCCGGAACUAUAUUAUCAUUCUCACAUGGCUACAACAGGUACCUGGAGGUGCAGUCCAGCGGCCGCCGUGACGAGGUGCGACUGCAUUACGUUGCGGCCGGCACGGCUACGCCGCGGGUUGAAACCUUCCCGUUCCGGUUGGCAGACGGAGCAUGGCAUCGGCUUGCACUUGCCGUGUCUGGGGCACAAGCCACACUCCUGGUCGACUGCCACCCGCUGUACCGUCGUCUCAUUCUACCACCAGAUCGAAACUUUACCCAACCUCAGCUAUCUCUUUGGGUUGGACAGAGAAAUAACAAACACUCUUUAUUUAAAGGAACACUACAAGAAGUUAGACUAGUAAGCGGUCCACAUGGCUACUUGGCACAGUGCCCUGGCCUGGACUCCGAGUGUCCUACAUGCGGCCAGUUCGCAUUACUACAAGCUACCGUUCAGGAGCUGACUACGCAUAUCCAUGACCUUUCACUCAAGCUAGUAGGCGCAGAGGCAAGAUUAGCGCGGUUAGAGCAAUGCGACUGUCAAAAGUCGUGCUAUUCUAAUGGUACUGUUCAUGCUGAUGGCGCAACUUGGCAACGAGACUGCAAUCGUUGCUCCUGCGUGCACGGUGAGAUUACGUGCAGGCCAGUCGAGUGCGAUAGAGCAGAGUGUAAGAACCCAGUACUACAUCCAGGAGAAUGCUGUCCUACAUGUUUAAGACAUUGCCUAUUAAAGGGCACGCUAUACGAGCACGGCGACAGAUUCGCGCCGAAGGAGUGCGCGGAGUGCGUGUGCCACGACGGGAACAUGCAGUGCUCGCGCGUCGACCCCGACACCGCGUGCCCGCCGCUGCCCUGCGACCCGCCCGACCAGUUCACCGUGCCCGGCGAGUGCUGCAAGUUCUGCCCAGGGGUGGAUUAUUGUAGCAUGGGUCAUUCAUGCGACGAGAACGCGACGUGUAUGAAUCUCAACACCAAGUACACCUGUACGUGCAACCAGGGCUUCCAAGGCGAUGGCCUCACUUGUCAAGACGUGGACGAAUGUCAGGAAGCGGGCGGGUUGCGUGGCCACCACUGCCACCUGAACACCCGGUGCGUGAAUGUCGUCGGAAGCUACGUAUGCCAGUGCCUGCCCGGGUACGCUCGCCGGGACAAAUUCAACUGUGUUGAGGUGGAUGAAUGUGCGAGUGCUUCGCACGGCUGCGACGCGGCGGCGGAGUGCAGCAACACGCCCGGCUCGUACACGUGCCGGUGCCGCGACGGGUACGCCGGCGACGGGCACACGUGCACGCCUAUUUGCACAGGCGGGUGCCUCAACGGCGGCGAGUGCGUGGCGCCCGAACGCUGCGAGUGUCCGGUCGGAUUCGAGGGCUCGCGCUGCGAGCGAGACGUCGACGAGUGCACCGCGCCGCCCGCCGGCGCCGCGCACCCCGCGCACCCCGCGCACCCCGCGCUCGACGAGCACGCGCGGCCGCCGUGCGUGCCGCGGGCGCUGUGCGUCAACACGCCCGGCUCCUACUACUGCGUCUGCGGCGACGGCUACCGCCGCGACACGCAUGGAGAUCACUGUGAAGAUAUUGAUGAAUGCAUGGAAGGAUUUCAUACAUGCCACCCGAGCGCACGCUGCGUCAACACCGAUGGUGGCUUCAGAUGUGAAUGCGAUACACAACCAUGUGAACUCAGCUGUUCGUGGCAAGGCAAAGUGAUGGAAGACGGGGCGCAGUGGCGUGAGGCCGGCGACUGCCGCGUGUGCGCAUGCGCGGCGGGCGUGGCCGCCUGCGUGCGCGCCGCCUGCGCCUGCGACGCGCCGCACAACCACUCCACCACCGCCGACACGUUUCAGAGCACAGAGACAUCGCUGAUUGCACCAGAAUCCUGCUGUCCUCACUGCGAACCGCGUUACCACUGCCGUCAUCAGGAAAUGCAUCACGUCACUUUCCGAAGUGGCGAACGUUGGCUCUACCAAUGCCAGAUCUGCGAAUGUCUAAUGGGCGAGGUGGACUGCUGGGAGCCGGAGUGCGAGGAGGCUGGCGGCGGGUGCUGCGCGGCGGGCGGGGCGGGGCGCGGCGCCGGGCCCGAGGGCCGCGCGCGCCGCCUGCAGCUGGCGGGCUGCGCGCCGCCGCACUGCCCCGCCUGCCAGGGCGGGCAGUGUGCUACUUUGGUGAGCAAUCUCGCGUGUUGUGUGCAUCGGGAAACGAAAGUGAAUUGAAUUGAAAGUGAAAAAAAUGUGCACAUGCCAAGCAAUUCGCAUGAUACUGAAAACUUUCUUAGAAAAGAACUCUGUACGAAAUUAUUCGCGAAAUCAAUCGAGCAACAAAAGAAUCAAGAAUGUUCUUCGAAUGUUCUUACGUUGAACAAGGAACACCACCUUUGGGAAAGAACGAGAAUUCCCCUGGCCUAAUUCCACGUCAGUAUCGAGUGGUAGGUUGUGAGUGGUCGCUGCCGCUGCCGAGCGCCGGGCGGCCGGGGCCGGCGGAGGUACAUGCGUGGCGGUGCGGUGCAGGGCGCGGGGCGCGGCGCGCUGGGCGACGGCGCUGGCGCUGCUGGCGGCGUGGUGGGGGCGGGGCCGGGGCCGCGCGGCGCACCGCAAGCACCGCGGCGCGCGGCGCUAGAGCCGCCCUGAGCGCCGAGCUGCGCACGCGCACCUAUUUAUUCUAGAUAGAUCUAAUUUAACCAAUUGCGGCGGGCGCGGGACCCCCUCGACGGCCUUAACUUAGCGAGCGGCGACGGCGCCCGCCCGCGCGGCGACCGGAACCGCCUUGUGAUACUGUAUUAUAUUGGAGAGUCGCGGUGGGAUGAUCACCUCGUUGUAGCGAUACUGUAGUGUUAACGUAGCUGGACCGCGGGCGGACGCCCCGUGACGGUUCGCUUUGGCCGCACGAGCGUCCCGGGUGGGACCUAUCGAACCGAGAGGAGCGCCGAGCGGUUCCGGCACCGAGCGUGUUAUAUCGAGCUGUGUUUUGAUUUCGCGUGGCGUUCGUAGAUUUAAUCGGACCCGGUUACCGAACAAACAUGUUCUUUAAGAACUCGUUUCUAGACAAAUUAUAUCUAGUUAUUUAAAAAAAAAAUAGUGAAGUAAACUUCUCGUUCCAGUAGAAUUGUUACGGUUAUUGUAAGCCCUCAUAGAGUUCCUAAUAAUAAAACGCACACAAAUGUCCCGUGAAAUCAAAACAUCCGCCUCGAGCCCGACACGACAAUAUAAAUAUGAGUUUUUCUUUCCAAUAUAAUUAUGUCAAUAUCGAGUGACGAAUGAAUGAGUCUACUGAAGUAGCCUAUGUAGAGCCGUAUCGGGCCCGAGGCGUCGCGGUAAAUCGACCGCAAUCCGUAUGCGUCCUCUACCUCGGCGCGUUCACACCGCCACUACUUAUAAUCUUCGAAUUCUAAAUUUUACAGUACGUCGAUUGCUUCAAAUUAUUAUCCUAGAGUCGUAACGGAACUAUUUAGCUAUUGUUGUGAAUAUGAAUAAUGUAUAGUGUCGCCUUCGCUGCCGAGCGCUGCGAACGGGCUGCGUGGAGGGCGCGCGGGGAGCGGCGCGGCGCGCGGGCUGCGCCGGCGCCGGCGGCUUUUCAAUUAUUAUA